GAUGACCCUUCAGAACAGCAGUGAGUGAUGUGAAACAGGCUUUGGUGUUUCUUUUUUAAUCAUUUUAAUUUGUUUGGAUGCACUUAAAAGUAGGGUUACAUCUGUGAUAAUCAUGGCUUGAUUGAUUGUUAAUGUUCAUUCAGGUGAACCAGGAUUAAAAACUGUGGGCUUCAAAUAAACAGCCAAUUGACAUGGAAACAAAACAUUCUGAAUUUUUUACAUUUAAUUAUUCAUAUUUGCAGAAGCCAAACCUGCUGUAAACAGCUGUUGGUCCUGUUGGGUGGUGUUGUUGCCAGUUUUUCUUUGGUGACCCAUCGGGGGUUUUUGACAGCACUGGAUAACCUGGUGGAUAUCGAAUGGUAAACAGAUGUUUUGCUGGCUGUUGGCCUGUUGGCUGGUAGGGUAAUCGGAGUGAUAGAGUACUGCUGAAAGAGUAGUAAGAUUAGGGGAAAAUAAAACAAAAAAUGUAUCAGUCUCUCUUUUGCUUUGAACUUGCUUGAUAGAUGGCAAGUGCCAGCCCCAAAAAUUAAAGCCUGUUACAGGGUGGUCAUGAGAACGAAACAUGGACCGCACUUUUUUUUUUUUUAAUCACGUGAUUUAUUAUCUCACGUCUUCUUUUUUUUUGUUAUGUAGUUAUUUAUUAUCACCAACCUACCAAAACGGACUACAAAAUGGUGGACAGUGCAACUGACUGAGAAAUCCGUUCCAACACGGUCAGCUUUAUUUAAAACUUGGAUUUAUGUAAUCUAGUCAGGUUUUAAACUCAGGUUCUGUUAUUCAUCAUUCACAAAGAUACCAGUAUCAUCAGACAUUUAUAACAAUCUAAGGUCAGCAGAACUAAGAACACGGAAAUGUUUCGAUCACCCUGUCGGAUUCUGUUUAUCUGCGUAGUCGUGUUUAUCUCUGCAGUUUCAGACCAGAAAAUCAUCACAGUUCCGUCUGGACAGAACGUCACUCUGACAUGUCGAGCUCCAAGCAACAACAUCAUAGUUGUAGAGUGGAGCAGAGCUGACCUGGGAAAAGAAUGUGUCCUUAUGUAUCGAGAUGAGCUUUUUGUUCCUGAUGAGCAGCAUCCAUCUUUUAAGAAUCGGGUGGAUCUGCAGGACAGACAGAUGAAGGAUGGAGACGUGUCUCUGAUUCUGAAGAAUGUGAUGAUUAGUGAUACUGGAACAUACGAGUGUCGCAUCUUCAGAAAAACAAACCGCAGGAAGAGAGCUCAUCUGAAGACUCCCCCCAUCAGCAUUAUCACACUGAGUGUUGUUGAUCCUCCAGCUCAGACAGGAGGAAGAAGAGAGGGUGGAGACAAUGGAGGGCAUCCUGGACUUGUAGCAAGUCGGUCCUUUUUGGUGCUGCUUUUGUUGUUGUUGGGAGUUAAUUUGGAGUUGAUUUUAUGAUCAAUAGAAGAACAAAAAGAAAACAUCAAGAAAAAAACUUUAAGAAAAAUCAGGUCAAAAUUCAUAGCAUUAUAUUUAGUCACAAGAAAUUUCACUAAAUAUUCAGUUCAAAAGAAAUUUUGGGUGAUUUGAAGGAAAACAUGUCAUCCACUGAAAAUAACUGGAAACGUUAGUGAUGGAAAAUAUGUUAAAAUGAUCUAAUCUUAAGACAACUGCAAAAAAGAAAGUUCAAAGAUCAACACAUCAGAUUUAACCAGCUUGUUUAAACAGUCUGAUCACAUAUGUGACAGAUGGAUUUCAGCCUGAGAUUAGUCAUUAAGUAACAUCUCACAUCAUCACUCAUCUCAGAGAUCAUUGCAUCUUUUUCAUUGCAAUGAGUGAGUCAGCUGUUUGUAAAAUCAAACUUGUUCUGUGACGUUCGAACAACACAAACUGAUCCUCGUGUAGAGAUCAGCUGUUAUAGUAUAAUUACACACAUGUACUGAAACAAGUGAAAAUGAAGACAAAAACGCUGUAUGUGAUGACAUCAGUGUAGCUGGAGUGUUCUGUAUUAUGAAGCCAAUGAGAGAAGUACAUUCGACUUAACUCCAAAGGGAGCUCAUAUCAUUUUAAUUUAACUUUCAAGAGCUUUUCACAUAUUGUUGAUUCAUCUCCUUUAAUAUAAUAAAAUGCUUCAUCAUUAAAAG